CGGGGCAGUAUCCGGCCCGGUCUCAGCGCUGGGUUGGAGGUUUGCAUGGAGGGAUCGCCCCCCUCCGUCUGAGAGGGGAGCGGGCACCGGGAGGCCCAGCGGCGGCGGGGGGGAAAGAUAUGGAUAAACUGACCAUCAUUUCAGGAUGUCUGUUUCUGGCUGCGGAUAUCUUUGCCAUCGCCAGCAUCGCCAACCCGGACUGGAUAAACACCGGGGAGUCCGCGGGUGCUCUCACAGUCGGCCUCGUCAGGCAAUGUCAGACUAUACAUGGACGUGACAGGACCUGUAUUCCUCCUCGUCUCCCUCCGGAGUGGGUUACAACACUGUUUUUCAUCAUUAUGGGAAUUAUAUCAUUGACUGUUACAUGCGGUUUGCUAGUGGCUUCCCACUGGAGAAGAGAAGCGACGAAAUAUGCCCGCUGGAUAGCAUUCACUGGCAUGAUCCUCUUCUGUAUGGCAGCAUUAAUAUUCCCCAUAGGAUUUUACAUCAAUGAAGUUGGUGGACAACCUUAUAAACUACCCAACAACACGGUCGUUGGGUCGUCCUAUGUACUUUUUGUCUUAUCCAUUUUCUUUACUAUAGUGGGACUAUUAUUUGCAGGCAAAGUAUGUUUACCCGGCUGAUGUAAAAGGGGGGGGGGGGGGGGCCCCCACG